AUGGUGCGAGACUGGCCGCGGGAUUCAUUCCCCCGGCAGCAGUCGUUCCAGCAGCAAUGCUACCCUCCGACUGGCCGUCCAUCAUUUCAACAUGAGCGAUAUGGUCAGGAUGCCGUGCCUCGGCAAGACUCAUUCCAGCAGGAGCGGUAUCAGAUCGAUGGAAGCGACACUGCCCGCUUCCAGGAUCAGUAUGACCUGCACCGUAGAGCCCCUCCGAUGCAGAUCGACGAGGCUCUCCGGUCACAUUGUGGCAUAGCAGCUAAGCAGUACUUUGUCGCUGCCAUUAACGAUGAUGGAUUGCCCAUUACAUUCUUCAGCCCCGGGCAGAAGCUCCACGACAAUGCAAUUCGCCAAUUCUUCGACGCGAGCAAGUUUCAGCAAGUGAUGCGGAGAAUUGAGUCGGGUGCCGACCCUAUGCUGGACGACGGCUUCGGCUUCGAGGAUCCCAUGUACGGGCGCUCGGACAGUUUCGGGAGGUUACGAGCGAUCGACCGUCGCCGGAAUUCCGUCUUUGACGACUGGGGUAGCCCUGCGAGGCAAGGCCGGAAGCGGCCACGAGCUCGUCAUGCCGCCAACGACGACGACGUCCCGAUGACGGUAUCAUCGCGAAGAGGCAUCAAGGUUGGGGACUCGGAGGCGGUAUGGAAUUUUUACGAACAGCGAUUCAAGAACUGCCAGCAGACAGCUUGCAAGCUCAUCGCCAAGGCUUGGGUCAAAGCAGUAGAGCCGAAGAAACAGUCGACCCAUCCCUAUACCGGGAGCGAUGAGAAGGCUCCGGACUGGUGGCCGAAGCCGUGGGGGCCCACCAAGGACGACAAGGUGAGGCACAAGGAGCCCGAUCACCUUUACAAGCGAGAACGUGUGCAUCUCCUGGCGCACAUUCUACGGCUUGUCGUGGAGCCGAACGGAAAGCAGCAUCCAGAUAUUCAGAAGCUCUGUCUGAACGUCAAGAAACUAGAAGAGACGACGAAUGAGGCCCUCUCGGCCUUUUUCAUGGACAAUGACGCCAACGCCAAGAAGCGACCGUACCUGAAUGAGAUCUUUAAGAUGGCACGCCAGGAGGAGCGAUUCAAGAAUGGCGAAAUCGAUGACUCGACCGAGGUCUACGUGAUGGCAGAAGAUAAAGUACCCGAGAGCUACACGUCGGACAAUGACGACGGAUCCUUCAACAUCAAGGAAGAGGACGAGCAUGACGUGCAGCGCUCCAAGCCGACGGUGGCGCACCCCAUGGCACACACCCCAACCACGACGGCAACCAACGGACACAGCCUCCACUGCGGCCCGAGCCCCUUCAUGGGCGAUCUACCAGUUAGAGGCACACCCUUCCACCCGCCCAUGAUACAGACGGACAUUGCACCGCAACAGCACUCUUUCGUCGAGAGCAACGGACUGCCGGUCAGCGACCAGAGCACAGUCAGCACUGGGAGCGGCGGCCUCACCAUGGACCUGGUGGCCAGCCCGCACGACGGCAGCCGGCGGCCGUCGGUGUUCAGCGAGUACGCCAGCCCCGGGGGCGGGAGCAUGUACCACCAGCCGUGGCAGCAAGGGUCAGCUGGUCCCAACUCAUCGUCCAUGUACGCGUACACGGCGCAGCAGACAACGCCCCAGCAGCCGGCUUUUGUCAGCCAAGCAGUCACACUGAACGCCGGACAGCCAUUCCUGACGAGCUCAUUUGAGAGCUCGCCGCGGCCCGAAUAUGAUGCCAACGGGAACGCCAUCUUCAGGGGUGGCGACAUGGCAGCGGCGCCCGUCAGCCAGCAGCCGGGGUACUACGUGCCGAGUGAUGGGCGCGGAAGCCUGAGGGUCAUGACUCAGGUCGUGGAUGCGGUGCCGAGAAACGCGGUACAGUAG